AAACAAAAACUUCGGUGACAGCCAACCACUGAAAACAUCUCAAUGACCCGCCACUUAAUGCUUGUUCGCGAUGCCAUAGUGGUUGGCAUAUUAGUGUUACAUCAUGAUAAGCGACUGAGUGUUUCCAAGUUCAGGAGUACUUUUUUUUUCACCCACCUAAUAAUGGAUGAACAUUACUCACUGCUCUGUGAGCCCUCUCUAUAUAUAGAUCCCAGCAUGGGUUCUGUCUUUAUAUCUCAAACCCAACACACUGCCACCAAGUAUAACACAACUGCUUCUUGAUUUCAUUGAAGCAAUAUCCGCCCAACUGAAAUGAGUCAAGGGGAGAGUCAUGAGCCUCCUGAGGAAAUCGAAUGCUUAACCCCUUUGAUUGGCUUCCAGCCAACUGAAAUGAGCCAAGAAAACCUUCAGGAAAGUAAGAAACUCGGUGAGGCUUCCCAGAAAACCGAAAUCGUCUCCCCUUUCAAUGACCAGAAGCAGUUCCACCCAACCGAAAUGAGUACUCAAUGGGGAAAUGUCCAUGUAAACCUUCAGGACCUCAGUCAGAAAUUUGUUGAAGCUUCCCAUAUAAUCAAAUCCUUCUCCUCUUUCAUUUACCAAAAGCAACUCCACCCGACGGAAAUGAGUCAAGGUGGAAAUGAUCAGCAAAAGCUUCAGGAAUUCAGUGAGAAGCUUGGUCAAGCUGCCCAAAAAACCAAAUCCUUCUCCUCUUCAGCUUGUAUUUAUAGGGUGCCCGCAGAGCUCCGUGCCCUGAAGAGAAGCACCUACGCCCCACGCCUCAUCUCUAUAGGCCCGUAUCACCAGAAACAUCAUCUCCUGAGAUCACCCAUGCAACAAGUCAAGAUGAGCUACGCGAAUUCCCUACUUCGUCGGGUGGGAUCAGUUGAGAAGAAAGAGUUCACGGAGGUGUUACGAGAAUGCGUAGAGCGAAUGAAGAUGUGGAAAGACGAUGCAAAUAAAUGCUAUGCAGAUGAUGACAUUAGCGAUGGGGAUCUACUCGAUGAGGAAAUGAUGGUGGUGGAUGGUUGCUUCAUCCUUGAAGUUCUCUACAAAUUCAGGAACAAGACCGUGUACUUAGAGGGACAAAUGACAGCAGAUCCUAUUUUCGGAAGAGAUUCAACUGCCAGCACUGUGCUACACGACUUGCUGCUCUUCGAGAACCAAAUUCCUUUGUUUGUGCUUGAGCAUUUGUUCGAACUCACGGUGGCUCGGAUCCACAAGAACUCGUUGCUCUCCCCUUAUGUGUAUGACUACUUUGCCAACUUGAUGAGUCCAGCAGGAAGUUCCACCAACAAUCGUGCCGCUGAAAAUUGUUGUUCGCCUCGUGACUGUGUCCUUUGGGUUUUCGACAAUAAAAUGAAUGAUUCCAAACCUGAAAGAGAAGCUCCAGAUGGUAAUGAUAAAUGCUAUCAUAUCCUCCAUAAACUACAUGAUUAUUACCGUCCUCGUGCUCAAAAAGAAAAAAAGGAACUUAGUGAAAUCAUGCCUUCUGCAUCAGAACUUGCUUACGCAGGAGUGAAGUUUGUACCCGGUACGGGAGACAAUCUGUUCAAGGUCAAGUUCACUGAACCAGAAGGCCCGUUAUGGUGGUUUCGCAGAGCUCAUUUCGAAAUCCCACCACUUGGAAUAUACGAUCCCACUGAGUCAUUCCUCAGGAACCUCAUUGCCUUCGAACAGUGCUGCCCUGGUGUUUCACAGGACUUCACGUCUUACGCAUACCUCAUGAACAUGCUCGUGAACUCCAAUAAAGACGUCCAGGAACUCGAAAAGGCUGGAGUUGUGCAUAACUACUUGGGUUCCAGCGAGGACGCCACCCAUUUGUUCAACACGCUGUGCAAGGAAGUUUCGCUACAAGAGUUCUACUUCACCGACACGUGCAACAGAGCCACCAAGUACAGCAAGCGUUGUUGGCCGAGGAACAUGGCGCACGUGGAACGCAAGUAUUUUGCUUCUCCGUGGGCAUUCAUAGCCUUCUGUUUGGCCUUCAUCCUUUUCGCCAUUACCGUUGUUCAAUUCGUAAGAAGUUUCAACUCAAUAAAUGCGGAGGUAUAGUUGCUGAUGCUUCAUGUGUGCUGUGCAAUAGUGGUAAUGUGGAGAAACACAACCACCUGUUUUAUAUUGUCCUUAUUCUAGUGCUGUCUGGGGAGAUGUGUUGAAGCGAAAUCAAGUGCGUAGAUGAAAAGUCUCUGGCUUUGCUAGUGCUAAAAUCUCUAAUUCAAUUAGAGAUGAUAUGCUGUCUUGGAGGAAUGUGAAAGACACUCAGGAAAACAGGGAGAUUCGCAGGGCGUGGAACAUUCCCCAGUGGAUACUUUAGCUUCUUCGGUUAUUUUUGUUGUACAGAGUUGUGUUUUGAUGUUGCUCUGAGCCUGCUGUUUCGGCUCUAUUUUUUUCUCUGUUGGGUCUUGCAUGACCUCUUGUAUCCUUUUCUCGAUUGGCUUUGUGUAUUUGCUUGGGCUGUUCAAUGAAAA